AUGACCUCAAAAACGAAUUGUGCGACUUUAAGAAGUACAAUGAACCACUAUCCAAAGAGUUUGAAGGGUCAUGAAGUAUCAUUCCCUUGGCUGGCUACUACUAUUCCACUUUUAUUUAUGUCCAUGCUUGCUGUCAUAUUCCGUGUUGCAUGGCAAUGUGGGCGUUUGAACAAGGCAGAUGUAGGCAUUUCGAUUGCUCUUGGCUUCAUGAUCGCUCAUGAAAUCGUGGGGUGCGUUGGCAUAUUUACUUGGGGACUGGGCCAUGAUGUCGCCUCUCUCCAUCCCGAAAAGGCUCAAAAAGCUAUCAUGGUAGGGAAUCCUAGAUACUAA